GGCAGCCGGUCCGAUCAGUCGUUACUGAGGGGAAGAUGGUGGACUUCGCGACAGCAGCGUGCUCAAAACUCCGUCCUAAACACUUUGAAAAACACUUAGAGUCUCAGUCUGGCGGUAGAUACAGAUUACCCGGAGACAAACACAGAUAAUACAGAGAGUGAAGUGACUCCUUCGCCUCCGGUAACUCUUCAUUCCCGGUCUGAAGUCAGCGGAGAGCGGCGGGACGUGGCGGCGGAUGGUGUUUGCAGAGGACGCCCGUCGUCGUUAGCUGAAAGAAAGUGUCAACACAAGUGAGAAAGAAGAGGGAAGUCUCUGGAGCGUUUUUACCCAAUCGAGAAUAAACCACGGAGACCAACCGGCCUUCUGCUGCUGCUACUGCCGCCUUCAAACCAACUGAAACCCGCGAGGCGCGGAGCUGACAGCGGGCUAACUUCAGCUAGCUUAACUUCAGCUAGCUUAACUUCAGCUAGCUUAACUUCAGCUAGCUUAACUUCAGAUAGCUUAACUCUGCUAGCUCUGUUGUGAACUGGAGGAUCGACCCGCUGCUCGACAUGCCGCGGAGUAGGAAGGGGAAACGUGGAUCCGGUAAACCCGGCUCUCUUCGUCAGGAGGUUCUUCAGCUGUCGGCUAAAGUGUCUCUGAAAGGUGUUAGGAAUGGGGUGAAGGGAGAGUCUGGAGCCAGUGAUGAUGAGCUGACGUCUGAUAUUCUGAGCCACUGCAGCAGCGCCAGUGAAACUACAUCAGUGCUGGAGGAGGGAACAGGGGGGGAACAGGUGGAUGAACAGACUGCACAGGAGGAAACGGAAGACAAACUCAAACAGUGUAUAGACAACCUGAUGGACAAGAGUGCUAAGACUCGUCUGGCCGCCCUCGAGUCGUUGCGUCAGGCCUUCUCGUCCAAAGUGUUGUACGACUUCCUGACAGAGCGACGCCUCACUGUCAGUGACUGUCUGGAGAGAAGUCUUAAAAAGGGUGGCGGAGAGGAGCAGGCGGCGGCGGCCACAGUCUUCGCUCUGCUCUGUAUCCAGCUGGAGGGCGGAGAUGAGGCGGAGGAGGGCUUCAAGGUGCUCCGCCCCAUCCUCACUGCCCUCCUGAUGGAUAACAGUGCCAGCAUCGCGGCACGCCAGAGUUGUGCCAGAGCUCUGGGGAUGUGCUGUUAUGUGUCAGCUGCUGAGGAGGGAGAGGACCUGAUCAAGUCUUUGGCUCUUCUGGAGAGUAUAUUCAUGACUUCCUACCCCAACAGAGAGGGGGCGCUGCCCACACCUAAACCUGGGAGUCCAGGCCUCCACAGUGCUGCUCUGCAGGCCUGGUCUCUGCUGGUCACCCUCUGUCCCGCCUCCAGGCUGAAGGUGCUGCUCGACCUUCACCUCCCCAAACUGCAGGCCUGUCUGCAGAGCAACGACGUCAACUACAGGAUCGCAGCGGGAGAGACCAUCGCUCUGCUGGUGGAGCUGGGGAGGGAUAUAGACGAGGAGUUUGAGGUGGAGGACAGUGAAGGUCUGUGCGAGUGUCUGAAGAGUUUGGCCACAGACGGAAACAAACACAGAGCCAAGAACGACCGGAGGAAACAACGCUCCAUCUUCAGAGAGGUGCUUCAUUACAUAGAGAACGAGGACUUCACCGAGGAGAAGAUCAGGUUUGGAGUGGAGAGCGUUUACAUCGACAGCUGGAUGAGGAGGAGAAUCUACGACGCCUUUAAAGAGAUCCUGGAGUCAGGAGUCAGACACCAUCUACAGUUCAACCCUCUACUGAGAGACAUCUUUGGCCUCGGCCCCCCCAUCAUCCUGGACGCCACUGUCAAAGGAAACAAGAUCACACGGUUUGAGAAGCAUCUUUUCAACUCGGCUGCCUUCAAGGCCAGAACGAAACAGAGGAACAAAGUCAGGGACAAACGGGCCGAUGUCAUGUGAAAGGAGGACGAAGAUGGAGGGAUGGACGAGAGAGGAACUGAUACUAAAUGAUGCCUUCAACACACACACACACACACACACACUCAUAAAACGCUCAACAGGGAUUUUCCACCUGUGCUCUGCACCUGCAACUUCAGAGUCGAUGUGGCCUCAGGUUAUUCUCAGCUCUCAGCAGGAAACCUGAGGGUCAGUUUGACUGACAGCAGGUAUUUACUUUUCAAUCAAAAAACACGGAGUUGAUUACAGUGUUUCCCACAGUCCAGUUCUGAUGCUUCAAAGUGAAAACCAGCUGUAAUGAGAAGCUGCUGCUCUUCUAGGUUAUUUCACAGAGGAGUAAAUAUGAUGUCCUCACAUCUAAUGGAUCUUCACACAUCAGAGUUCUGUUUUUACAGAGUGAAGUAUCUCUGAAGCUUUAUGGGACAUUUCCUCUUUGGUGCUGAUGGGAGUUUUAGUUUUUGAUACCCAGCUCCAGCUGCUGCCUGUGGUUUGACAACUCAGUCAAAUCUUUUUUAAUCUUUUUCCUGGUUCAGUCUCUGAAGAGGAUCAAUUUCUGUAAUGAAAACCAAAAAGAGCCACAGAGAUGUUCUGUAAAAAAAAAAAAAAAAAACCUUCUUCUUCUUCUUCUCUGGUGUAAUUUAUUCCUCACUGCUCCUCAUUCAUCCUCUGUCUCUGCAACAGAGUCACUACUUCAGCUGCCAAACAGAAACUGACUCUAAAAACAAUGCAACCUAAAAGAAGAUGUGUGGUGUUUGUGUGAGAGUGUGUUUUAUUUGAGUUUUAUUUAACAUCAUUAAGUAAAACACUUAAACAAGGAGAUGCCUAAUUAAAAGAAUGAAAUCAAAGAGUUAAUGCUGUCAUCUUUGUCUUCAUAUUUUCUGGGAGGAAAAUACGUUUUAACCAUUUCAGGUGGGUAAUAGUAUUUUACUUUGUAAUUUAUUAUAAAACAGAACUGUGUGAUUUUUCAGAAACUGUUUACAGACAGUGAUGAGAAGAUGACGAUAAUUUUUUUCAUGUGUAUUUUUGAUGCGGGUUGGUGGGUCAUACAAUCUUUCCAUGUGUAUGUAUUACAGACACACUGCAGAGGGAUUCAUUAGAUGAGCAGUAGAUACAAACAGGCCACUGACAGAGCUGCUGAUCUGUGGUUUGUGUAGCUUCACCAAACUGUCUGAUCAGUAGCUCUUGUUCAGGCUCAAGGGAUCAUGGAUUGAAUGAAAUAAAGAGUAUUUCAGCA